UCAAAGUCAAAGAAGCUAUUUCAGGUCAGUCAUCUGUAUACAGGUAGAGCGAUACCUGUCUAAUUGCCGUUUGGAAAAGAGUUGGUAUCAUUGACUUCCAGCUCAGAUUACUUCGUUCCCUGGCACUUGCCAGCUAGUCAUCUGUCCCCAUGUCGGUCCGCGGCAGAGCUCUUGAGUUCAGGAUACGAGAAGUACAUGUCGCUUCAUCCAGGAUUCAAGAACAGAUCAUGAGGCGUGGAUAGAAAUUAUCUCGCAUAGAAUGUCAUGUUGGACUUCCUGUCCCGCACUCUCACUCUCGUCAAAUUAUCUUCGUCUCUACCAAUGGCGGCAUGCAGUUCGGAGGCGAGAGCUCCUUCCUCGCUUUUUGGACAUAGCAAUCCUUUCUAUCUAGCGAUAUGUUGGAGGAACUGCUCUACCUGCUGUAUGGAGCGCAUUCAAGGCUCAAUCACUUGAUUCUUCCCCCAGAGCCUCGCUCCUUCAGCCACCGUCUUACUUACCCCAGAGUCUGCCCUCCCAAUGUCCCAUCCUGAACCCUAAAAUAAACACAAGAUGCAAGCCACCACUCAUCCUGUCGUCAGUAACGCGGUACUCACGAUAUGCUGUUCUUUGGCAGCGGGCUUAAUCCAUAUGUUGGAAUUUCCCGCCGCCGCAACGCCCAAAAAGUCAUCUCCGCCAGCGCGCAUGCUCCCCAUACAGUAAGCAUUGGUUGGGUCGCUUGAAGUCGCCAAAGGCCCCAUGCCCACGCCCAUGCCCCCGACUCAGCCACCUCAACUCAAAUCUGAACAUCCUUCCUCGCCUUCGUCGCCCCGACACGGCACCUAUGACCAAGUAAAAUCUGGGGUUGGCGUUGGAGGCGCUUGACGACCACUCACAGUCCUACAGUAGCAAGUUCAAUGUUCGCGUUUCUGCCCAGCUGAAAACGCCUCUUUGGGGCUGGCGGGAUCGUCUCAGAAGCUUGGUCCGACUAUUUUUAGGAGAACUUCAAGGCUGCAUCGGAUGUAUGCUUAAUUUUUUUUAAGGUGGGUGAGUUCUGAUGUUUAUUUGUCGAAGCAGUGUCCCCUUCACGUGGCAUGAUGCUCGAUACGAUACUGAUAUUCAUUAUUAUGUUGGAUACGAAGAGUUCACUGCGGGGUAGCCCUCGUGGUGCAGCUCCAGUAUUUACCAUUACGUUUUGACUAGGAGAUAGAUUGUUUUCAGUGCUGAAUAUCCUCACUCGUGUUACAAGGACCUGUCCCAGAUGCAGCCAUAAUCUCACAUCUGCCAACACCUCUUGGCACUGUCAUUUAUCUGCAAGGCUGAGGAGGUCGUUGCAGCCACCGCUAAGCUUACAUGACAUCCAAAAACACGGCCGUGAGGCAGAGGGACGCCAUUUCCGGGCGAAGCUUUCCGUCUCUUGCGAUUUGUUCAGCCGUUUAUCUUCGAGCUACCUAGGUAAUAGUGUUCUGGGUCGCUGCGGGUGGAACGAUGCUCGCAGAUUCCUGCAAGGCUACAGCCGCAGCGCAGCAACCAACUCAACUCCUUGUCAAUUGUUCGUCCUCUCCAGGGACUAAGUCGGAAGCUCUUCCGAGAAGCAGAGCACGCAAUUGGUCGUGACUUGGGGCAUAGCCGUGUUUGUUGUCGAUAAUCCUUCACAAACAUGAUCAGGAUCUCACGAUGGCUGUCUCUUGCCAAUUUAGGAAUGAGUUUGGCCUCGGGAUAGAGACGGCUGAUGUGGCGGGGGCACAUUGAUCUAGCUUUGAUAUACGAGAUGUACAAAGUGAUGAAGCUAUAAGUAUGUUGUCAUGCCUUUCUCUAAGAGACAUGCUCAUCCUCUCCACCCUCACCACUAUCUCCUUAUCCUCGAGCUUAACUUCUAAUCCCAUACUUCUGUCCUCUUUCUUUGAUCAUCCAAACCGUCACCAUGCGUGUCGGUCUUCUUACUCUUGCUUUCCUCUUGGGAGCAACAACCUCAUCAGCUCUUCCCAAUGUUCGGGGAGGCAAGAACAUUGCCCGUGAUGGGCAUGGUAGCUGGGGUCCUCCAGCUCCACCAGCUCCAACCGGCUACAAAGAAGAACACUGCGGAGACAACUGCGGUGGUGUAUGUGGCGAUAAGAUCGUUCAGGCGGAAGAAGAGUGCGAUCUCGGACCAGAGCUUAACGGAAAGGAAGGCUCUGGCUGUACUGCUGACUGCCGCAAGUGCCCUGUUCCAGUGUGUGGGGAUGGCAAGCUCGAUACCGGUGAAGAAUGCGACUUAGGUGACCAGAAUGGCGUUCUCGGCUCUGGAUGCGACAAAUCCUGUAAAAAAUGCGCUGUUCCUGUGUGCGGUGAUGGUCAUGUCGACGCUGGUGAAGAAUGUGAUUUGGGCGAUAAAAAUGGCGUCCCAGGCUCUGGUUGCGAUGCUACAUGCAAGAAGUGCGCAGUCCCUAUUUGUGGAGACGGUCAUGUUGAUGCUGGCGAGGAAUGCGAUCUCGGCGACAAGAAUGGUCUCGAAGGCUCUGGCUGCGAUGAAUCAUGCAAGAAGUGUCCUGUGCCAGUGUGCGGCGAUGGUCACGUUGAUGCUGGCGAAGAGUGCGAUCUUGGCGAGAAGAAUGGGCUCGAGGGCUCUGGCUGCGAUAAAUCAUGCAAGAAGUGCCCUGUCCCAGUGUGUGGCGAUGGUCACCUCGACGCUGGUGAAGAGUGUGAUCUGGGCGACAAGAACGGGAUCGAGGGUUCUGGCUGUGACAAAUCCUGCAAAAAGUGCCCUGUUCCAGUCUGUGGAGACGGGCAUCUUGACGCGGGGGAGGAGUGCGAUCUUGGAGACAAGAAUGGGGUUUUAGGCUCCGGUUGUGACGCCUCAUGCAAGAAAUGUGCUGUUCCGGUCUGUGGCGACGGGCAUUUGGACGCUGGUGAAGAGUGCGACCUUGGUGACAAGAACGGCGUUCCAGGAUCUGGUUGCGAUGCUUUAUGCAAGAAAUGUGCUGUUCCGGUCUGUGGUGACGGGCAUUUGGAUGCUGGAGAAGAGUGCGAUUUUGGUGCCAAAAAUGGUGUUGAAGGUUCUGGAUGUACUAAGGAUUGCAAGACCUGUCCAGUACUAGUUUGUGGAGAUGGUCACGUCGAUGCUGGUGAAGAGUGCGACCUUGGUGAUAAGAACGGUGUCGAAGGUUCUGGAUGCACGAAAGAUUGUAAGAAAUGCCCUGUACCAGUCUGCGGAGAUGGAAAGCUCGAUCAUGGCGAACAGUGUGACUUAGGAGAUAAGAACGGUGCUCCGGGCUCUGGAUGCACUAAGGACUGCAAGACCUGCCCUACUUCUUAUUGCGGAGAUGGCAAGAUCGACGCUGGAGAAGGUUGUGAUUUGGGUCCACUCAACGGGGCAUGGAACUCUGGUUGCUCAACGACUUGCCAACCACUCCCAGUAUGCGGAAAUGGCAAGGUAGAAGAUGGAGAGACCUGUGACAAAGGUGCUGAGAACGGGAAGCCUGGCUCUGGCUGUGAUGCUAACUGCCGUACUUGCGGAGUUUGCGGAGACGGUAACCUGGAUACUUUCCUCGGCGAGACUUGCGAUCUUGGACCAUUGAACGGACAGGAGAACAGUGGCUGCAGCAAAGACUGCAAAAUCCUUCCGGUUUGUGGCAAUGGUCAUAUCGAGGAGGGAGAAGAGUGUGAUGCAGCAGGUGCCAAUGGCGAAUAUAACUCGGGCUGCUCAAAGGACUGCAAGCUCUGUGGUUACUGUGGAGACGGGAUAAUCGAUGAUGGCGAGACCUGCGACAAUGGAUGGCAAAACAAUGGCACCCCUGGAAACGCCUGCUCCUGGAACUGUACUACAAUCGUCUGUGACUACUCUUGUGGCAACGGUAUUGUCGAACCCGGAGAGAGUUGCGAUCACGGAAAAGACAACGGCAAAGACGGCGACUCCUGUACCACUGAAUGCCAAUGGGCAGCACCAAAGUGCGGAGAUGGAAUUACGCAAUACCCAGAAGAAUGUGAUGACGCCGAUUUGAACGGAUCCGAAUGGUCUAAGUGUACAGUUGACUGCAAGUGGGUUGAACCUUGUGGAAAUCCUACACCACCAACAUGUGGAGAUGGUAUCGUAACUUUCCCGGAAGUCUGCGAUCUUGGCUAUCUCAACGGACAAGCUGGUAGCAAUUGCACGUCUGACUGUACCUUCUGUAACGAUGAGCCUUCUUAUUGUGGUGACGGUAUCAUUGAUGAUGGAGAGGAGUGUGAUGAUGGCAAGGAUAAUGGACAAGCUUGGUCUGAUUGCGACAAGUCGUGCAAGAAGAAGUGCACCUCCACCUGCCCUCAAGUCUGCAACCCCAACCCGUUCUUCAACAAGUGCCACAUCACUACCAGCUGUAUCGGAACGCCUAGCGGAUCAGACUACUGCGCAUGCAGAGCUGGAUACAGGGCAGAUGGUUUGGAGGCAACCGACGCGAAGCAGUUCAGACUUGCAUUCCCAGGACAAGAGUACCGGGUCUUCGUCGCCCCUGGUGUCGAAUGCAACACUCUUUGUACUAGUCCAUUCCCUGGGCCAGACAGUUGCCAAGAGGUCCCGAUUCAGGGAAGCUGUUAA